AUGUUCUGCCUUCGCAGCUGGCUCCCCCUCCUCUUCAUACCGACCAACGCCUCCCCUCUCUUUAUCCUCUCCUUCGUCGUCCUCACCUACCUCCUCCACCGACCAUGCAUCUACUGCUCCGCCCUACUCCUGAUCCUUUUCGCAUCGUCAUGCCACUGGUCAGAUCGCUGCUACUUUGAUUUACGGGGGGACUGGUACUCGCCGCGUUUUACUUCUGUGCCGUUUACGUACACUGUGCCGACAAACAACACCUCAUCCGCCGCUUCUUCGGCGAUCAACAAUUAUCAAACAAUAUCAAACACCGACGAAUCCCUGGUAAACUACAUCAUGGAAACGAUGAAUACAACAACCACAGCACUCGCUGGCGCGGCUCUCGAUGAGGCGAAAAAGAGGUUUUUGUUGAGUGGGAAUGCUGCGGGCGUCGAGGUGCGCCAUGCGGAAUGGACUGGUAUUGGGCUCUCGUGGUUUCGUAGUAUGGUUGGACAGCGGGAGUGGACGAUACCUUGCAUUAAUGUCAAGGUGCGAUUGUAA